CAGCUGCUGCUCGAAAGGAGGUUAUAAGGAACAAGAUAAGAGCAAUAGGAAAAAUGGCUAGAGUUUUCUCAGUGUUAAGAGAAGAGAGUGAAAGUGUGCUGACGCUGAAAGGUUUGACUCCGACAGGAAUGCUGCCCAGUGGCGUGCUCUCCGGAGGGAAACAGACGCUGCAAAGCGCUAUCAAAGGAUUUUCACCCCAGCAUAAGAUCACUAGCUUCGAAGAGGCCAAAGGCUUAGAUCGAAUUAAUGAGCGAAUGCCUCCACGCAGAGACGUGCCAUCCGAUGCCAACCUUAACUCCAUCAACAAGGCAAUCUCCACAGAGACUAAUGGCACGGACAGCAACGGCAGUAAUAGCAGCAAUAUCCAGUGACCACCGGCCGGGAGGGGGGUUGAGCUGCAGGGCGCGCUGGGGUUGCUGCACAGCAGCAGUGGGAUGUUCUUGCCUCUGAUCAUAGCUUUCUUGCUCUGGGGGCCAGGUGUUGGAUUCAGUUUACAAAAAAAAAAAAAAUCAUCUACGAAGAGAUUGUCAACUUUAAUUUGGCGGGAGGGAGGGUGGGGGAGAGACACCUCCUUUGGAUAUGCCUUUAAAAUGCUUGUAGAAAAAUGAAAGCUCGUGCUGGAAUAUAUUGCAAAGUUAGGGGAAUGAACAUGUUUUCCUACUGCAUUGGGAGAGGCUAGAUACGUUACUGAAAGGCCUUUUGUUAUGUUACUGGACAUGAAAACUUUGUUUAAUUUCUUACUAACUAUUGUACGUUUACAGUUGCAGCACUAAACAUGGACAACAUCGAAACAUUUUUAACAAAAUGUACAAACUAAAUAAGGACUAUUUAUUGAUAAUGUUUUGCUACUCUUGUCAGACAAUGGCUAUGAAAUAAAUUAGGCAGUCUUUAAAAAUAUAGA